AUGUUGGAUGGAGUUAAAAAUAUUUUAUUGGUAAUAUCUGGAAAGGGAGGUGUUGGAAAAUCAACUGUCAGUGUACACAUUUCAUUAGCCCUUAAAGAUAAAGGCUUCAAAGUCGGUUUAUUAGAUGUUGAUUUAUGCGGUCCCAGCUUACCUUUUUUAUUAGGAUUAGAAGAUAAAGAUGUUUUUCAAUCCACUGAAGGUUGGGUUCCAGUUUAUCUAGAUGAAGAAAAAAAAUUAGGAGUUAUGUCGAUUGGUUUUUUAUUAAAAAAUAAAAAUGAUAGUGUAGUUUGGAGAGGACCCAAAAAAACAAGUAUGAUUCGACAAUUUUUAAAUGAUGUCUAUUGGCAAGAUCUUGAUUAUUUGGUUAUUGACACACCUCCAGGAACAUCUGAUGAACAUAUAACACUCAUGGAAUGUUUGAGGUCUUUAAAAAACAAAAGUGCUGUUGUUGUUACAACUCCUCAAUUGGUUGCCUUAGAAGAUGUUCAAAAGCAAAUAACAUUCUGUUCGAAAACAGGAAUACCUAUAUUGGGUCUCAUCGAAAAUAUGAGUGGUUACAUUUGUCCUCAUUGUUCGGAGUCGACAAAUAUUUUUUCAAAAGGUGGUGGAGAAUCACUUGCGAAUGCAUGCAAUAUUAAUUUCCUUGGAAGUGUACCUCUUGAUAUAUCCAUUAGUAAUUCUGAUGGUUUACAUAAAUCAUUGCUUGAUUCAUAUUUAAAAAAUGAAAAUUAUAAACAAUUUAGUAGCAUAGUUAAUAAAAUAAUUGAUAAACAAACAGUACCUUGUAAUUAA